UAAAACUGACUCCACGUUUUCCUUACGAAAUGACCAUCUAGCUACAUCCGAAUUCACUGAUGUUAUUAAAAAAAUUAGUGCCUAUUAAAAAAGUGAUUGAAAAUGACACAUGGCAUCGAUGUAAUUUCUAUGUUAAUUGCAAUGAAUGUAUUAUCGGUAAACUAUUUUUGAACAAUUUUUGCAUAGUAAUAUCGUUCGUGAAUGGACGGACGUUGUCAAGGACUAGAAAAUUUUUAACCAAAAACAGUGCCGUUUAAUUAGAAUAAUUAUACAAAUUUGUUAACAUGGUCAGUAACACAAAUGAUCAUGUGCACGACAAGGUGUUGAAGUUAGUUAGAAAUAUAAAUUACGGGGAAAUUAAAGGUACGUAUGACAUUGUAGAGUCAACAGUCUCGGUGCUGAAAGAGAUUGUCACAAGCGAGGAAUGGAAAACGGCAAAGGAAAUCAUGGAUAUAGUGACACAUAAUGGAAAGUACCUAAUUAACGCCAUUCCAUUGGAGGCUUGUAUCGGUAAUAUGGUACGAAGAAUAUUAAAAAUUAUUCGAGAAGAAUAUAUGUCCGAAUUAAAGAACAAAACUGAAGAGACGGAUCCCCAAGAAUCUUUGCAUAAAAUCCUAACGUCUGAAGGGGACCAAGACAUUGAUUUUACCUUGUGUGUGCCGUCCUUAAGAGCUGCACUCAUUGAACAUAUUAACGAGUUUGAAGUCGAGCUUGAAACAUGCUCUGAAAAUAUCACCCAACAAGCUCCAGAGCAUAUUCAUUCAAAUGAAAUUAUAAUGACUCUUGGUAGAUCAAGAACGGUGGAGGAGUUUUUUAAAAAGGCUGCAUCGACUCGAGUUUUUGAAGUUAUAGUAGCGGAAGGUGGACCCUUCUUGAAUGGUCAUGAAAUGGCUGUGAAUCUUGCCAAAGCAAAAAUCAAGACAACAUUAAUCUCGGACGCUGCAAUCUUUGCAAUGAUGUCACGUGUAAAUAAGGUCAUAAUUGGCACGCAUACGGUUAUGGCUAACGGUGGACUGAGAGCAAUUACUGGGUCUCAUACUGUCGCUCAAGCUGCAAAACAUUAUUCCGUCCCUGUUAUGGUUUUGUUACCAUUGUAUAAACUUUCCCCACUGUAUCUUUGUUCUUAUGAACAGGAUGCCUUUAACAGACACGUCUCACCAACUCAAGGUGUUAUCAGUGGUACAAACGCACCAUUGAUGGAAAAAAUUCAGGCAUAUAAUCCUGUGUUUGAUUAUGUUCCACCAGAACUGGUAACAUUGUUCAUUUCAAAUUCAGGUGGAAAUGCUCCUUCAUAUAUUUACAGGCUUUUAAGUGAACUAUACCAUCCUGAUGAUUAUGAGUUAUAAUAAAAUAAUUUGUAAAAAA